GCGGCAUGGUUUGGAGCCGAUGGAUGCGGAGGACAGAAUUCACCUUCUUUUGAGCCUGUUUUCGGAAAAGGGGAGGGAGCGCGAAGAAUUGUUUAACAUUCGGCCAUCGUCUGGCUGCACACUAAGCAUCGCCAAGUAUUUAUGGUUGCAGAUCAGGUGCAAUCGGGGCUUAGAGAGAAAAAGGAUAUAGACCUGCAGCUAACUGGAUUUGAUUAAUAAGAGGGAAUCUGCAGUCAAUGGCCACCCUCACCACGUUGCUACGAUGGAAAACACAAUAGUCAAUAGGAUAUGGUCUGAUAAAUACCAGUGAUUGAAGAUGCUACUUCAAUACUUGUGAAAUCAAUGGGAGAUACUGGCUGCAUAAAGAGCUUUUUGAGCUUUUUGCAACAAGCUCAUCUUUAAGAAAUCAGAGGCGUAUUUCACCAUUCUACAGCUUUUCCAAGUGGAUACAAACACCCUUGCCACACCAUACCCAGGCAACUAUACACCUAAUGUGGGACCAUGGCACUGCCCAGGUGCACAUGGCCAAAUUAUGUUUGGAGAGCAAUGAUGGCGUGCUUGGUACAAAGGGGAUCGAGUGCCUCGUUGACUCUCUGUGUGAUGGGAUGUUUACUUCAGGCUGCUCAUGUGCUUGCGCAAAAGUUGGAUGAUGUCGACCCUCUGGUGACUACCAAUUUUGGCAAGAUCAGAGGAAUUAAGAAAGAACUCAAUAAUGAAAUUUUGGGGCCUGUGAUUCAGUUUCUUGGGGUUCCCUAUGCAGCCCCACCAACAGGGGAACACCGUUUCCAGCCUCCAGAACCACCGACUCCAUGGUCAGAUAUCAGGAAUGCCACUCAGUUUGCGCCUGUGUGUCCCCAGAAUAUCAUUGAUGGCAGACUCCCAGAAGUCAUGCUUCCUGUAUGGUUUACUAAUAACUUGGAUGUGGUGUCAUCAUACGUGCAAGACCAGAGUGAAGAUUGCCUAUAUUUGAACAUAUAUGUCCCCACCGAGGAUGUAAAAAGAAUAUCCAAGGAAUGUGCCAGAAAACCCGGCAAGAAAAUAUGUAGAAAAGGAGGUCCCCUUACAAAGAAACAGACAGAUGAUUUAGGUGAUAAUGACGGUGCUGAAGAUGAAGAUAUUCGGGACAGUGGGGGUCCCAAGCCAGUGAUGGUGUAUAUCCACGGUGGCUCAUAUAUGGAAGGUACUGGAAAUUUGUAUGAUGGGAGUGUCUUGGCAAGUUAUGGCAAUGUGAUCGUCAUCACAGUCAACUAUCGACUUGGGGUACUUGGAUUUUUGAGCACAGGAGAUCAGGCUGCAAAAGGAAACUAUGGACUCCUUGAUCUCAUACAGGCUUUAAGAUGGACUAGUGAGAACAUUGGAUUCUUUGGUGGUGACCCCUUAAGAAUCACUGUUUUUGGAUCUGGCGCUGGGGGUUCAUGUGUCAAUCUGCUGACUUUAUCCCAUUAUUCUGAAGGUAACCGUUGGAGCAAUUCAACCAAAGGACUUUUUCAACGAGCAAUUGCUCAAAGUGGAACAGCCUUGUCCAGUUGGGCUGUCAGCUUCCAACCUGCAAAAUAUGCCCGGAUGCUGGCCACAAAAGUGGGCUGCAAUGUUUCAGACACAGUAGAAUUAGUGGAAUGUCUUCAGAAGAAGCCUUACAAAGAACUUGUUGAUCAAGACAUUCAACCAGCACGAUACCACAUAGCCUUUGGACCUGUAAUUGAUGGUGAUGUUAUACCAGAUGACCCUCAGAUUCUGAUGGAACAAGGAGAGUUUCUCAACUAUGAUAUUAUGUUAGGAGUUAACCAAGGAGAAGGUUUAAAAUUUGUGGAAAAUAUAGUGGAUAGUGAUGAUGGUAUUUCAGCUAGCGAUUUUGACUUUGCAGUUUCCAAUUUCGUUGAUAAUCUCUAUGGAUAUCCUGAAGGCAAAGAUGUUUUGAGAGAAACGAUUAAAUUUAUGUAUACUGACUGGGCUGACCGUCAUAACCCUGAAACAAGAAGGAAGACAUUGUUGGCUUUGUUUACUGACCAUCAGUGGGUGGCACCAGCUGUAGCAACAGCAGAUCUUCACUCAAACUUUGGUUCACCUACAUAUUUCUAUGCCUUUUACCAUCAUUGCCAAACAGAUCAGGUUCCAGCUUGGGCUGAUGCAGCUCAUGGAGACGAGGUUCCUUACGUACUCGGAAUCCCCAUGAUUGGACCGACAGAGUUAUUUCCCUGCAAUUUCUCCAAAAAUGAUGUGAUGCUGAGUGCAGUUGUAAUGACAUACUGGACAAAUUUUGCCAAAACUGGUGACCCAAAUCAACCAGUUCCUCAAGACACGAAAUUCAUACAUACCAAACCCAACCGUUUUGAAGAGGUAGCAUGGACCAGAUAUUCCCAGAAAGACCAACUUUAUCUCCAUAUCGGAUUAAAGCCAAGAGUCAAAGAACAUUACAGAGCCAAUAAGGUAAAUCUCUGGCUAGAACUGGUACCUCAUCUACAUAAUCUCAACGACAUCUCUCAGUAUACCUCGACGACAACUAAAGUGCCAUCAACUGACAUCACGUUCAGACCCACGAGAAAAAAUUCCGUCCCUGUUACAUCAGCCCUACCCACUCCUAAGCAAGAUGAUCCCAAACAGCAGCCGAGUCCAUUCUCAGUGGAUCAGAGGGACUACUCAACAGAGCUCAGUGUCACCAUUGCCGUUGGAGCCUCUUUGUUGUUUCUGAACAUCUUGGCCUUUGCAGCUCUGUACUACAAAAAGGAUAAGAGGAGACAUGACGUCCACAGGAGGUGCAGCCCUCAGCGCACGACAACCAAUGACCUGACCCAUGCACAAGAGGAAGAGAUCAUGUCCCUUCAAAUGAAGCACACUGAUUUGGAUCAUGAAUGUGAGUCCAUCCAUCCACAUGAGGUGGUUCUCCGGACCGCCUGCCCCCCAGAUUAUACACUAGCUAUGAGGAGGUCACCUGAUGAUGUCCCCUUAAUGACGCCCAACACCAUUACAAUGAUCCCCAAUACUAUACCAGGGAUUCAACCCUUACACACAUUCAACACAUUUACCGGAGGACAGAACAAUACUCUGCCUCACCCCCACUCUCACCCCCAUUCACAUUCAACAACCAGGGUAUAGCCAGGUUUAAGAAACAAACUAUUUUUUUGAUGGAUUGCAGUAAAAGACUACUGAAGAUUCUUUGGCUUUCAACCUACAAGACUCUUACUAUUUAAAUAAGAAGGAAUAUUAUGUGGAUAUACAUAUCAAGGACUUUGGGGGUUUUGAAAAAAAUUAAUUGUACAUAUCUAUACGAUUCAACUUUCAAAACACAUGUCAAUUGCCGAAAGCAAUUGAUCUGAAUGAUACUUUUUCAUUAACAUUGAAGGAUUCAUUUUUUGAAGAUUUAUGUUGCAUAAUGGAAUUAGGCAUGUGGAACAUCAAACAGGAAAGAACUAUGUCUGAAAUAUAAAAAAAAAUCUAAAUAAAAAACCCAUGAAUAUGCACAAGGGACACGCCAAUGGAAUGUCAGAUAAUUUCCACCAGUUUUUAUUUGGAGCUGUUUUAUUGUGUAGACCAUAUUUACAUAUUUGGAUAAGUACACAAAGCACCAAUGCUGUUAAUGGCCUUAGCAGAGGCUCAUGCUGAAAUUUUCCGGUAAAACAGAGAAGUUUAAAGACUGGCAGGUACAACAUUAUCACAUAAGUGCUGUCAGUAUAAUGUUGUGGGGAUAAAGGAAACUGGAUAUUUUUAGCACGAUGUGCAUGAUAAUUUAUAUGCUUGGUGGCUGUGCUGCUGAUUAAGCCGUAAUUAAAAUUCUUCUCAUCCCAUUGGAGUUUUUAAUAGAAGCUUCCUCCAUCAAUUGGCAGAACCUAACGAAGAUUUUAAGGGGCAGAAGUAAUUAUAAUAAAAUAAUUCACAGUAGUUUUGAUAAUAAAGGAAUUAGUUAAUAAAGGUAUUUGAAGAAGCUAUAGGUAUAGUGGUGAAUACUCACUGAUACAAACCCCAGAAUUUUUUUUCAGUGUUUUUGAUGUUCUUUUCAUUUUCAUUGAAAUAAUUUAUAGAAAUAGAACCCUAAUUGAACAACAUGUGUAACAGGAUUAUAAUUUGUUGGGGGUGUGGUUACUCUGUAUUUUGUUCCUUUUGGUAAGGUGAAGUGUGUCCAAAGAGUUACUUGCAACAAUCUUUUAUGAUAUGAAGAUGCCCCAAAUUACCACUCUGAUUACAGUUCUCCAUUAAUUGAUUUACUCAUGUUGCAUGGAAAAAAUGUUUACUAAUAAUCAUUCAGUAUAAAGUUCUGUCCUUCCUCACGUCAGUUAUCUUUCUCACUGAGGUUUAUUCACCGGAAUACACUCAUGCAAUCUCAGUAGAGUACAACAUAGACAGAGAAGCUAGAAGGAGAGUCAACACCUGGAGGAGUUUAGUCUUACACAUGUGUGUGAUUUUCAAUGAUUCUCUAAGACCACAAGACACUCUUCAUCCCCUGUUGUUUACCAGUAACAGUAUAUCACAGACCUUUCCAAAUGUUUGUAUAUGUAAUCAGAUGUAAAUUUAUAUUAAAAAAAUGAGAUGGACUUAAAGAGCACAUCCUGAUGAAUACUUUCUCUCUUACCUGUACUAUAUUUCUAUUAGACUAAAGUUAUGUGAUUUUUUUUUACAUUUUUUCAGAUGACUAGCAAUUUUGAUAGUUUGUAAGAUAAUGCAAAGAACUUUCUCUGACAAACUAACUGCAGUAACAGAAACCUUUCUUUUCAGUUACUCUUUUUCAAGAAUGAAAGCUUAUUAUACAAAAAAAAUUGUAUAUUACUUGAUGGAAACAACUUUGUACAUCUUGACCAUGUCAUUGGUCAUUGCGUGAAAUAAAGAUAAUCUGGAUAAUGACUAAGAGUCCAAUGCUAAGAGACAUGAUCUUUCGCUCAUUAAAGAGCUAAAAUAUU